CGAGAGCUUUUCCUGUAGCAGAAGACAGAGAGUGUGAGAGCGUCUGAGAGAUUCGACGGCUGCUGGUGAAACUUUUGAAAUAAAUAAGAGCGGAUCAUCGAUCUCCACAAUAAAUAUAAUUCAAGAGAACUCUGAAGUGAUGAAUCUUCUGAUCUUGAUGUUCCUGCUGCUCACAGUUGCUGCUGAAGAUGACAGCCAGACUGUCGAUAACAUUGAGGUUGAAGAUCUGUCUCAAGUGGAGAUCAGAGAUGAUUCUGUGGUUCUGACUUGUCCUCACAAAUCUGAUGCAGUGAAGUGGCUUCAUGAAAACAAGGACAUACAAAGCAAGCUAAAGCACUCAUAUGUGAUUCAGGCUCAGGAUGGAACCGCAAAGGGCUUCUACGCCUGCCAGAGUGAUAAAAAGAAACAUUAUUUCUAUAUCAAGGCGAGAGUGUGUAAGAACUGUCAUGAGCUGAGCGGAUCGUUGGCCGGUGGGGUGAUAAUUGCUGAUUUACUCUUUACUGGAGGAGUCAUCCUGAUAGUGUUCUUCUGGUCACAGAGAAAGAAAGAUCCAGUUUCAAAUGCUCCGAGACCCCCGAACCCGGACUAUGAGGCCCUUAACCCCAAGACCCAAAAUCGUGAUGUGUACGCAGGAAUAAAGUAGAUGAAACGCAGAUUGUGUUUGACAGAAAACCAGAGUAAAGUCAUUCUUACGAAUAGUUUGUGACACAUUGACUUUGUGUGACGUAUGUUACACCUACUAAUACAUUAAAUAUGUGUGUGUGUGUGGAAAGUUCUGCUCAUGAAACAUCAAAAACUUGUUUCUGUAACUUCAGAGAGUAAAACCUGAGAAUGUGGAAACAUGAGAGUUCCUGUAAAUACUGUUUCUACACAAACUCAAGAACUGUGUGAUGUUUUUAGUUUUAGUUAUGUUGUAAUGUUAAAUCUCAUGAAAUCUUUUUCAUUUCAUUGUGACACGUGACGUGCAUGUUUCUCAUUUCACAAGAAUAAUGAAGUUCAGUGUUGAUUAUCUUAUCAUCUAAAUCAAUAAACCUCCAGAUGAUUGACAGCU